GAUUUGUUUUGUAUACAUCUACUUUUGAAAAUUACAUACAAAGGUAAAUAUUUGUAAAAUUGCCAAAGCUAUUAACAAUUUGGAGAUAAAACUACAAAUGGGAUGAAAUAAGAUGGGGAAAAAGACAGGUAGUAGAUGUGGUAAAGCUAGGAAAGUGGGUCCUAAUAUCAAAAACAAGGCAUCUAAUUGGUCUAUCUAUCAUCUUAUCCCCAAUCCCAUAAAUCAUACAAUCCACAUAACAUAAGGAAAUCACUUGGGCUUGAAGUAUCAAUUAUCAUCUGAGUUAUUUCUCCAUAAUCAGUGAUCCAUAAAGAGUGAUCAAACAAAAAUGGCAAUGGCUACUCAGGCUUCACUAUUAGCCCCAUCUUCUCUGGCUUCUGGGCUCGUCUCCCUGAAAUCAUCAUCAUCAUCAUCAAGUCUUUCAUUGUCCUCAAAAUCAUCAUCUCGAUUAACCAUCAGGGCUGCAGCAGCAGAAGGCAAAGCGGCCGAGACGAAAGAGGCACCAACUGGUUUCACUCCCCCUACUUUGGAUCCUAACACUCCUUCUCCUAUCUUUGCUGGCAGCACAGGUGGUCUAUUGAGGAAGGCACAAGUAGAGGAAUUUUAUGUGAUAACAUGGGAAUCACCAAAAGAGCAAAUCUUUGAGAUGCCAACAGGAGGAGCAGCCAUCAUGAGGGAAGGUCCUAACUUGCUUAAGUUGGCUCGUAAAGAGCAGUGUUUGGCUCUUGGAACCAGACUUAGAUCAAAAUACAAGAUUAAGUACCAAUUUUACAGGGUGUUUCCCAAUGGAGAGGUCCAAUAUUUGCACCCUAAAGAUGGUGUUUACCCAGAAAAGGUUAACCCUGGUAGACAAGGCGUUGGUCAAAACAUGAGGUCUAUUGGUAAGAAUGUUAGUCCCAUUGAGGUUAAAUUCACCGGAAAGCAACCUUAUGACUUGUAAAUCGUUAUUUGUGAUUAUGUAGUAUUGGUUGUCAUUGCCUUGGAACAUAUUAUUUGACAUUAUAUCAUUGUACCCUAAUUUGUUUCUUGUUCUUUCUUUUCAAUGUGGAAAAUUACAAUUACAUCAGAUAAAAAGAUACAUUUUAUCGAUAUAGGA